AUGGUGGUUGUUUGUUUUUUUUCCUCUCGAGGUCUGUCCAAGUCACUUGGUCUCAUUGAAGGCUAUGGUGGCCGUGGUAAAGGUGGGCUCCCAGCCACCUUGUCCCCUGAGGAGGAGGAGAAAGCAAAGGGACCACAUGAGAAGUAUGGCUACAACUCCUACCUCAGUGAGAAGAUUUCACUGGAUCGUUCCAUCCCAGAUUAUCGUCCAACCAGGUGCAAAGAGCUGAAGUAUGGCAAGGACCUGCCCCAGAUCUCCAUCAUCUUCAUCUUUGUGAACGAGGCGCUGUCGGUGAUCCUGCGCUCGGUGCACAGCGCUGUGAACCACACCCCAGCCCAUCUCCUCAAGGAGAUCAUCCUCGUGGAUGACAACAGUGAUGAAGAAGAGCUGAAGGCACCCCUGGAGGAGUACGUCAACAAGCGCUACCCGGGGCUGGUCAAGGUGGUGCGCAACCAGAAGAGAGAAGGUCUCAUCCGAGCCCGGAUCGAGGGCUGGAAAGCUGCCACUGGCCAGGUCACUGGCUUUUUUGAUGCUCAUGUGGAGUUCACUGCUGGCUGGGCUGAGCCGGUGCUCUCACGAAUUCAGGAAAACCGGAGAAGGGUGAUUCUUCCCUCCAUAGACAACAUCAAGCAGGACACCUUUGAGGUGCAGCGGUACGAGAACUCUGCGCACGGGUACAGCUGGGAGCUGUGGUGCAUGUACAUCAGCCCCCCCAAGGACUGGUGGGAUGCUGGAGACCCCUCACUGCCCAUCAGGACGCCGGCGAUGAUUGGUUGCUCAUUUGUUGUGAACAGAAAGUUCUUUGGAGAGAUUGGGCUCCUGGAUCCUGGAAUGGAUGUGUAUGGAGGGGAGAACAUAGAGCUUGGCAUCAAGGUGUGGCUGUGUGGGGGCAGCAUGGAGGUCCUGCCCUGCUCCAGGGUGGCUCACAUCGAGCGCAAGAAGAAGCCCUACAACAACAACAUCGGGUUCUACACCAAGCGCAACGCCCUGCGGGUGGCCGAGGUCUGGAUGGACGACUACAAGUCGCACGUCUACAUCGCCUGGAACCUGCCGCUGGAGAAUCCAGGUAUUGACAUUGGGGAUGUUUCUGAGAGAAAAGCACUAAGGAAGAGCUUGAAGUGCAAAAAUUUCCAGUGGUACCUGGACCAUGUUUAUCCAGAAAUGAGAAGAUACAACAACACCAUCGCUUAUGGGGAGCUUCGAAACAACAAGGCUAAAGAUGUCUGCCUGGACCAGGGCCCCCAGGAGAACCACACAGCAAUACUGUACCCAUGUCAUGGCUGGGGACCACAGCUGGCACGUUACACCAAGGAGGGCUUCCUGCAGCUGGGGGCCCUGGGCACCACCACCCUGCUGCCCGACACCCGCUGCCUGGUGGACACCGGGAAGAGCCGCUUCCCGCAGCUCCUGGACUGUGAGAAGGUGAAGAGCAGCCUCCACAAGCGCUGGAGUUUCAUACAGAACGGAGCCAUCCUGAACAAGGGGACGGGGCGGUGCCUGGAGGUGGAGAACAGGGGCCUGGCCGGGCUCGACCUGAUCCUUCGCAGCUGCACAGGACAGAGGUGGACGAUUAAAAACUUCAUUAAGUAA